AUGGACAGAUCCAAGACGUCAGAUCUCACUUCACAUAGUCAUGGUCUUUUGUGCAGUCACAAUCACAGUCGCCCUCCACGCAGUUUGCAACUGCCAUCAUCCUCCGCACAGUUCCCACCUAUUCACGAUGCUGCUAGAAGUGCUUCUGAUAUUGUUCUCACUAAACCUGGUCUUAGUGUCAUUAUUAGUGCAAUGCUCACCAGCGAGAUAUAUGCAGUGUCAAUCACCAUUCGCAUUGUGUUUGGUUUCAUGUUCAUUGCAUUGAUUUGGAAGUUUGAUUUUGCACCCUUUAUGGUGUUGAUCAUUGCCAUACCAAAUGAUGGUACCAUUAUGACAAUAUCCAAGGAUAGAGUGAAACCAUCCCCACAACCUGAUAGCUGGAAAUUGAGGGAGAUAUUUGCUAGUGGUAUUGUGCUUGGAAGUUACUUGGCACUAAUGACAAUAGUAUUUUUCUGGCUUAUGAAGGACAUUGACUUCUUCUCGAUAAUUAAUUUGAUUUUACGUUUUAUUCAUUAUAUUUGGUUGUAG